AUGGCAGCUACAGAGCCCUCUGUCCCUUCUGAGCAGUUCACCAAAAUCAAAGAGCCGGAGUUGAUACUGGAGAAAGGCCUAGAAGAGGAGGAGGAAGAUGGAGUGUGCAAAAUGAAGGAUCCUCAGCGCCCUGGGGAGCUGGAGGCCAAGUGUACUUAUGGGGACCCCCAGCCCGGGAUCCCGGAAGAAGAGCCGGAGCUGGUGCCCGCCCCAUCGGAGGAGAGCGAGAAGCACAUCCUGACCCUGCAGGCGGUGCGCUUCACUUCCGACAACCCGGAGUUGCGGGACACCGGCUGGCUGAGCGCGCAGCCCCCGGAAGGGGUGCAGGUGAUGCUGCAGCAGGCCAGUCCUGGGCUGCCGUCGCUGCUGUGGCUCGGCGAGGGGCCCCAGCAGAGCGUGCAGCAAUACUUGGCCAUUCGUGUGCAAGAAGAGCUGUACGCCGUGCGAGACUUGGAGCUGCAGUGUCGCGUUCUGGAUGAGAACGUGGCGGUGGCCAGUGAAGACAGUAAGCUGGUGGUGAGCCUGGCUGAAAGUACUGGAUUGAUUCAGCUUGAGAAAAGUCCGGAGGAGAACCAGUGUUUGGCCGAAGGAGGAUCCGCUGAGAGAAUGGAAAGGCAGCUCUUUAUUCUGAAAGCGAGACCCGGAGAUGAGGGAAGAGAUGAAAUUGUUCUGACAAUUUCGAAUAUCAACAUGAAAGAGCAGGAAGAUAAAUCUACAUCUAGUCAAGCAGAUGUUGAAAGCGCCAACUCUACAAAGGACGAGACAAAGGGAGCAAAGCAGACCUUCAGCUGUGAUACCUGUACGUUCACCUCUUCGAGAGCUUCGAGUUUUAAUCGCCACGUGAAAUCGCACACUAGUGAGAAGUCUCACCUGUGCCACCUCUGCCUGAAAACCUUCCGCACUGUCACUCUGCUGCGGAACCACCUCAACACCCACACAGGAACCAGGCCCUAUAAGUGCGGUGACUGUGACAUGGCAUUUGUCACCAGUGGAGAGCUCGUCCGACACAGGCGUUAUAAACAUACUCACGAGAAACCCUUUAAAUGUUCCAUGUGCAAGUACGCUAGCGUGGAAGCGAGCAAACUGAAGCGCCACAUCCGCUCCCACACCGGCGAGCGCCCCUACCAGUGCAGCCUCUGCAGCUACGCCAGCAAGGACACCUACAAGCUCAAGCGCCACAUGCGCACACACUCAGGCGAGAAGCCCUACGAGUGCCACGUCUGCCAUGCCCGAUUCACCCAGAGCGGGACCAUGAAAAUACAUGUUCUGCAGAAGCACAGCGAGAACGUCCCCAAGUACGAGUGUCCCCACUGUGCCACCAUCAUUGCAAGGAAGAGCGACCUGCGUGUCCAUUUGCGCAACCUGCACACUUACAAAGCUACAGAGAUGAAAUGCCGCUACUGUUCUUCCGUCUUCCACGAGCGCUAUGCCCUCAUCCAGCACCAGAAAACGCAUAAAAACGAGAAAAGAUUCAAGUGCGAACACUGCGAUUAUGCCUGCAAGCAGGAACGACACAUGACAGCCCACGUCCGGACCCACACUGGAGAGAAGCCAUUCGCCUGCCCUGCCUGCAACAAAUGUUUCCGACAGAAGCAACUUCUAAACGUUCACUUCAAGAAGUACCAUGAUCCAAGUUUCAUCCCGACUGUUUAUGAAUGCCCCAAGUGCGGCAAAGGCUUUUCCCGCUGGAAUAACAUGAAUAGACACUCAGAGAAGUGUGACCCAGCACAAAAGAAGCCGGCCACCUCAGGAAAAGGAAAAAACGUGAAGAAGAAAAAUCAGACGGUCCCGAAGGAAGCCGUAAAGGAAGCCGGUACCUUGUGGCCCCAGGCAGCCGCGGGAAAAACUGCCGUUGAGGAGGCUUCCACCGAGAGGGGAGAACAGUUCCCAGGUGAAAUGGUUUUUGUCGACUUUGGAGAGACCUCAGCUGGAAGCAAGGACCUGGAUGGAGACAUUACCUGUGAAAUGAUCCUCAACAUGAUGGACAAGUGA